UGCACUUUUAGUAUUUUAGUCUCAGGCUUGGAGACCUCCUGUGCCAAACACGUCUCUCAAGUCUCCCAGUGCCUCAGUACUUAGCUGUGCAUCAUUUACUUUCGGCCAUCGAGAUGGACCACUCAAACAUGGACCAUGGCGGUAUGGAUCACGGAGACAUGGAUAUGGGUGGACAAUGUUCGAUGAAUAUGCUAUUUACCUGGUCUUCGAAAGAUCUUUGUAUAAUCUUCCGGCAAUGGAGAGUCACAGGCACUUUCUCUCUGAUAUUAUCCCUGGUAGCCAUUGUCCUCCUGACCGCCGGCUACGAAUGCAUCCGCGAGAUCAGCAGGCGAUACGAGCAGCAACACAGUGCGGAGAUGGCUGCAUACAGCACCAGCGGCUCCAGCGCAUCUCCUCAGUCAAACGAAUCAAGCUCACUGCUCGUCGUAGGAAGAGACUCCAAGGCGGCAGCAGAACGGAAAGGAACAAUCAUAAAGGGAUUGCUGUAUGCGUUGCAGGUAUUUUACAGCUUCUUCAUCAUGCUUUUGUUCAUGACGUACAACGGCUGGGUCAUGUUGGCCGUUGCCAUCGGAGCAUUCGUGGGAUACAUUGCUUUCGGUCGUAGUUUGACUUCUACCAAGUCAGUGGCUUGCCAUUAGCGGGACAGCUCACACAAUUUUCUUGUCAGCAUUCCUCUUCGUCAAUAUCGUCGCCAAAUCCAAAGCUGAAGCCACUUUGCUCUUCGUCAGCCUGGCGUGAAUCGUGUACCACAUCAUCCCACUUUCUCUUCUUGGACUCUUCAACAAGGGUCGCCAAGUCGGGAUGGACCUCACGCAGCCGCUCCAUGAAGAGCGCGUACGGGUUGGCAACGGUGUUCUUGAAGCCGGAGACCUGAUCGGCUCUAUGCCGAAGGAACUUGACGGUGGAGCGAAGGUGUGCCCGCGGCACAAAGUUCUGAGUUAUCGCAAUAGCUGGGUCCAGAUUGACCACAAGAUGCCACCAGCCAGAAGGCACGUGCAGGACCUCUCCUGCUUGACAUAUGCCUUCGAGACAGCCGGGCGUGCUCCGCGCUUCAGCAUGAAAGCACAACAGCCACUCAGCAAUACUGAGUGGGGAAGUUACUUCACUCUGAUCCUCGCUCAUAUAGACACCUGGCGGCAGCACAUUACUAGGAAACAUGAUCCAAUAUUUCGAGCCUCGGAUAACCGCGUUCCAAGCACUGGUAGCAUUAGGGUCCUUGUGGAAGGUACUUCCACUCCUUUCUGGGCCAAUGAUCAGCCAUCGAUGGUCAGGCCUCUGUUCCUUCAAUAGGGUGAACAAGUCGUCCUGAAAAGCCUCGGGAGCAGUGUAAGCUCCAUGAGGACCGACCUCCAAAC